AUGCUUACCCCAGACUUCCCUACCGAGUUACGCACUUCGUCCUAUUCUCCCCCGGAAAGCCAACUAAUGACUUCCUCGACCACGUCCGCUACGCUCGUCGACGCCUCCUUCUAUCAGCCCCAAUCGACGACUGGCGUCCUAUCAGCCGAGGUUCUAUGUCACAUCUUCACCUUUAAUGCGGAGAGGAGCACCUGCUCCCUCCUCGCUACGCUCGCCACGUCACACGUUUGCCGGUGGUGGAGGGCGCUCGCGGUGAGUUACCCGGAGCUAUGGAGGCCCUUCGCUCUCCUGGGCUGGGUGGAAGGGAAAGACGGGCAGCCAGGAGGAUACGACGCGUUCUCAUGGGAGAUCCUUUCGCGCUGUCGCGGCGCAACCAUCGACGCCGGGUGGAGGAGGAAAGAAAGUCUGGAGCUACGCACGACGCCGACCAAGGGGAGCAGCGCCAUACACCAAUGGACCAAGUCCAAGCUAAACCUCCUCCAUUCCCCGAACGAACUCGAGGGCGAACUGUGCAACCUCAACCUCAUGCGGUCCUACUUCCUCCCCAUGUUCGGUGGCUAUAACCAGUGGGCCACAGUUUCCACCUUUUUCGGGAUUCGUUCAAUGGCAGCGCAAAUGGAGGAUCUGGAGGUUGUGGCGUGGGCGGAUUGUCAGCGAGGGUUGUGGAUCCUUCCUGGUGAUAUGUUCGAGCAGGGGCCUGCCUUAGCGGAUUCGGAUAGCGAGGACGAAGGGAAGGACAGAGAGGAGGAAGAGGACAUGGUGGGGGAACCGAGGUUGCAGCGACUCUCUCUCAAGCAUUGCUGGAUCGACUUGUCAUCGCCCACUAUCCGACUCGACGGCCUACGCGUUCUGGAGAUAACCUCAACCGUGUACCUCGACAUCACUCCGACCAAGCCGGGAUCAAGAUGGUCGGAUUACUGGGCCAUCCUCGUCCGCUGCCCUGCAUUGGAGGAGCUCAAGCUGGAGUUUGCGCGGUUAGCGGAGGAAGACGAGGAGUCGGAGCUUCGUUCUAGCUCGCCUCCCAAGGCGCAGCUUCCGAACUUGCGCAGCUUGCAGUUGAAGAGUCGACUGAAGGAGGUUCAUUUGGUUUUCAAGACGCUGUCAAUCCCGGCGACUUGUCACCGGAGGAUUGAGAUUGAAGAUGGGCUACUGGGCACCUGCGACUUCCUCGAUCCCUCGGCGCAGUGGGGGAUGCUUUCGAAUAGGCUGUCGCCUGUGUUUCCGCAUCCUGCGAUGGGGCAUCGGUUUACUGGCGCACGACUCUUUUCUUAA